AUGUUCUCCUAUUUCAACAUCUUUCAUUUCAUUUCCCUUGCUGCUCUCAUUGUCACUGUCUUUGCAAUCUCUGAAGAAAUGGUCUUGAACUCUCCAGACCAUCCUUCACUCGACUCGCCACUUCUUGAGAAAAGAUUUUCAUAUAGAUUUUCAAUAUCAUCAGCUUCAGUAAAUUCACAGAACUACAACAAAGUGCAAUUCUAUGACACCCCUUACAUAUCUAAUCUAGUUUCUUCUCUUAGCUCCGCAUACACAACUCCACCGACAACUUUUCAGAUUGAAAGCACCCUUAAAAGCUUCUCCAAUUCUUUACCUUCAGUUUUGUCAGAAAAAGUAGAGAAAUCAGCUAAAAUUAUGGCUAAUGAUAAUUCCAUCACAGAUAAAUUUAAAUUCAAGAUUCUAAAUGAUGAUAUUAGCCAAGGUGACACGAUCCAGGUCACAGACUCUGAAGGAAGCUCAGAGAAUACAGUCACAUUUACUUAUGAAGAAAUCAUGGAGUAUAGAAAACAAUGGCGUUCAAUCCUGGCUAAAAUUGCGUCUUCCGGUUCGACCUCUACUUCUAGGAUUUCAACUUCAACCAUUCCUUCACGUACUUUAACUUCAACCUCUACACCAAGGGCUUCAACAUCGUCAACAUAUUUAAGAACCGAGGAGCAAAAUAUUUCUGAUAAAUCGGGCAAUGGAGCUAUUGGAAAUGCAAUUCAAAGAUCUUCGAUUUGGACUGGCAUUUUUGGUUUUCUUUUGUUGUAUAUUUAA